AGCACGACCAUGCACCAUUUUAGUUGACUUCGAACUAUCGAACGGAACGGUUCGAGAAAGAACCAGCAGCAGCAAGUGAUCACGACAGAUUUCGAACGUUAGUGACGUGAAAGGUGUUAGCAAAACAAGCAUCACAAUGAGCUGCCCAAUGAGAAGUGGUUUUGUGGAUUCGGUGCAGGGCGGACAUCAUCUUGGUUCGGAGGCAGGUAUGCUCUACGGGGAGUACCUAAUGCUGGACAAGGUACUAAGCGCACAGCGUAUGUUGUCCGUCGAAGGCAAGAAACCGGUGCACGAUGAGCAUCUAUUUAUAGUGACGCAUCAAGCAUACGAGCUGUGGUUUAAGCAGAUCAUCUUCGAGCUGGAUUCGAUACGGGAUCUUUUUAGUACGGAGCACAUCGAGGAGUCACGCACCUUGGAAAUUCUGAAGCGUCUCAAUCGGAUUGUAAUGAUCCUGAAGCUGCUCGUCGACCAAGUUCCAAUUCUCGAAACGAUGACACCGCUAGACUUCAUGGACUUUCGUGACUACCUGUCGCCGGCUUCCGGUUUCCAGAGCUUACAGUUCCGUCUGCUAGAGAACAAACUCGGUGUAAAGUCGGAGCACCGCGUAAAGUACAACCAAAAGUACACGGAAGUCUUUGCCAGCGAUCCGGGUGCGAUUGUGCGAAUUGCUACGACGGAAACGGAACCAUCGUUGGCCGAUUUGGUGCAAAAGUGGCUCGAACGAACGCCAGGGCUCGAGCAGGAUGGGUUCAACUUCUGGGGGAAAUUCCAGGAGAGUGUCGAACAGUUGCUUACUGAGCAGGAAGCAAGUGCUAUGUCGGAAGAACACGAACAUGUGCGUGAGUACCGGUUGAUGGACAUUGGAAAACGUCGGGAGGUGUACAAGUCGAUCUUUGACGCACAAGUGCACGAUGCACUGGUGGCCCGAGGUGAACGUCGCUUUACCCAUAAAGCACUUCAGGGCGCUAUUAUGAUUACAUUCUACCGUGAUGAGCCGCGCUUCAGCCAGCCGCAUCAGCUGCUAAUGUUGCUGAUGGACAUCGAUUCACUGAUCACCAAGUGGCGAUACAAUCAUGUGAUUAUGGUGCAACGUAUGAUUGGCUCACAGCAACUCGGAACCGGUGGUUCCUCCGGAUAUCAGUACCUACGUUCGACCUUGAGUGAUCGUUACAAAGUGUUUCUCGAUCUGUUUAAUCUAUCUACAUUCUUGAUCCCACGCCAAUCGAUACCACCAUUGACAGGCGAAAUGCAGAAGGCACUCAAUCUGGCCUGGGGAUCACCGGCACACGUUGCAACUCGAAACGGUUCAAUGCACUAAUCUGCACCCUCCGUAGGACGCCUCUCCUCAACAAUCACCCCGAAACGAGCUGAGAUCACUCUCAGCAGCUUAUGCGAACGAAUGUAUCCAAACAAAAACGUCCCUCCAUUUCACCAUGUGGUAAUCUCAUUGCGGAGAGUUAAUUGCACCUGAAGUUUAGCAAACCAUACACCAGAUGAUAAGCUAUUCAGGAGCUGGAUCCUAUUUUCGCACAGAUAAGAUAAUAUCAAGUGUAAAGAGAAGUAAGGCGCAAUGACAUAUGCAAGUAGAAACGCAAAUAUACAUUCACUUCCCUCCGUUUUCAUUACCCCCAUUUGGCGAGAGAGUUUAUUUGUGUAGAUCAAAAUACAACUAAUAAAAACUAAUGAUAAGCACAACCGAA